AGUUUUCAGUUCAGUUCAGUUGAGUCGAGUUCGGUUCAUCCCAUACAUAUUUAACGUACCAGCCGAUUGCUGUGUGUACUGCGAAUAGCUAGCGGAACUGUGAAUCUCCGGGGUAUAGCGAAGAAGAAGUCUGAACCUCUUUCUCUUUCUCUCUCUCCCCCGAAAGCGGGACGACAGCCGACUGCUACUGUACUACUACUACAUACUACACCCUACUACCGCGCCAUACACAACUCAAAGUGAGACGUCACGUCCAACCACGGCCGCAUCAGGCAUUGGCCGCACCAUCACCACGCCUGGGUUUUCAUCAAGCCGACCACACCGUUGCAUUCGCGACAACCUCAGCUUUUCGAUGACCCCCAUUUCUUCGUGUCAAACCCCAUCACGGGACAUUCCGAUCCUGUCACAGGAGGACGGAGCACAGCACUGCGGGUGCAAGUCCGGGCGAUGAGCUCGACACCACUGCGCCCUGCUGCUGUCAACGGCUUUGCGCGCGCUCCAAAUGGAUCCCAUCUCACCGCGCGCCGAGGACCCAGUGUCGGUCGCGAUGCCCGUCCCACGCCUAGCCAUCGCUCCAACACCGUCGCGACUUCGGUAGCAGAGGAUGAGCGCGAAGAUGACCCCAUACACAAAAGCCUGACAGCGCGUUGGGAGGAGAACCAAGCUGCCAUCCUCGCUCUCUUCUCCGGUGAUGGGGUCCUCCGUCGCGAUCACCCGAAAUCACCAGAUGCGACUGCGCGAGGAACACGCGACCCGGAGGAGGCCGCGAAUCCCGCUGUUCCGCGAACACGGCCAGCUCGCGUGCUGGACGAAGAUUAUGGAGACGACGACGAAGAUGAAGAUGAGGAAGACGAGGAAGAUGACGUGGACAAACAGAGUCCGCUCAAAAGCAAAGGACGUCCCGAUGCGCCCAAUGGUCUUUUACUGCACCCUGUGCGCGCUCCUCCGCCGCUUCUGACACGCAACUCAACUUCGCGGCUCGGCGCCCCUCCUGCGAUAGAACAGGCCAAGACAACAGAAGAGGUGCGCAAACAACUGGAAGAGGACAAAAAGGCCGCCGCCGAGGCCGCCAAGCGUGAUUUCCAAAGCAUGUUCUUCACGCUGGAAAAUGAUCGCGAUGCCAUGUUGGAACAGCAGAAGCUGGACGAGCUGGAUCGUGAGGUGGAGAAUGAAAUGUCUGGAGAUGCCACCGCGCAAGGCGCCACCUCUGCUGGAAACAACGGCACGAAUGCAAAUGGCAACCCGAACCAAGGCUCACUGGGCAGUUCUGACCUGGGCGCAUCCAGUCUGACCUUGAAACAUUUGAUCGCGCGGAUUGACAUGUCGCGCACCAUGGUAAAAGCGUCCGACCAUCAAUUGCGAACCCUCAUCACGGAAGUCAGAAAAGGACGGAGCAAAUGGGCCAGCGAAGAUAAGGUCGGCCAGGAAGAACUUUACGAAGCCUGUGAGAAGGUCCUUAUGGAGCUCAAGGCGAUGACCGAAUACGCGCAACCAUUCUUGCAACGUGUGAGCAAGCGCGAAGCCCCCGAUUAUUUCAACGUCAUCAAACAUCCCAUGGAUAUCGGCACGAUGAUCAAGAAACUCAAGCAAAUGCUUUACAAGAGCAAAAAGGAUUUUGUCGACGAUGUAAAUCUGAUCUGGGCGAAUUGUCUCAAAUACAACCAGGAACCGUCACAUCCAUUACGCAAGAAAGCCUUGUAUAUGCGGAAGGAGACCGACAAACUCACUCCUUUGAUCCCAGAGAUUGUCGUUCGUGAUCGAGCUGAGAUCGAAGCAGAGGAACGACGAUUGGCAUCGAUGGCUGGAGAGGAUAGCGACGACGAUGACGCCCCUAUCAUGGCGUCACGAGGACGUAAAGCGCCCAAGAAAGGCGUUUCCACGACCGGAAGGAAAGCGCCAGAUGAUGCAAAGGGAGAUGGAGCAGAAACGACAACGGAGACAAAACCAGGCAUGCAUGCUUCUGCGAGCAGCAUUCGUGGAGAUUUUCUACGCGCCGACUCGGAAAUGAUGGAUGUCACCUCGGUCGGGACGGGAACUCCGCCACCAGGGUUUGCAACCCCUGCGAUGAAUGGUCUCAAUGGGCUCCACGCGCCUGGAAGCCACAGCGAUCUCCAAGAGGUCGACAGUCUCGGUCAAGUGUUGAUCACAGCUCACGUAGACGAUCUAGAUGAAGAAGACACCGAGUUCAAGACUUGGAAGCAGGUGACGAAGCGAGAUCGUGCGCAGGCUGCGGCAGAACGAAAUCGACUUUUCCGAGGGGAACAACUCAAUCUCGAUGAGCCAGCAUUACUGCGCACCAGAGCGAUGAUGCGGAGAUGGACAAGGCAGCAACGCGCUGCCGAGAAGUCGACGACUGAUCCGACCAUAGAAGAUGAGAUUGAAAAUGCAGAGCCCAUUGCAGGGGGCGAAUCUCUUGCGGAGGGAAUCGAGACUGAGCAAGACAGCAGUUUACCCGACUAUUACAAUCCAUUACACGCCAUUCCCGACUUGGAUAACCGAUGGAAGUGGACCGUGGACUCAGAAGGAGGAGUCAUCCCGCAGGCGGAUGAGUGGAUGCGCAUGUAUCCAAGAAAACAGUACACGUCCAUCUCAGACGGGACUCUCAGCAAACGUAUGGAGGCGAACAUGAAGCAGAUGCAAGACACUCGUCAAAUUUGCGCGAAAAUUGGUAUCGUCAAGCAGAUGCAGCUUCAAGCACAGACCUAUCAGAACCAGUUUCAAAAAUACGAACCUCGGCCGUUCCUCGAGCAAGACGUCGGACCUGUCGUCGUUUCCGAAGCAGGUCCGCUUCUGGCACCCUGGCUCAACCGCGCGGCGUUCCAACGCGGCGUCGCCAAGUUGUUCUACCAUGCUGGCUUCGAGGAUUUCCAACCGUCGGCGCUAGACGCCGUGACCGACAUCGCAUCGGACUUUCUCACACGCCUGAUCGGAACCUACAAGCUUUACCAGGAACAGCCUAAGAGAGAAGUCCAUGGUGCUGAUGCUAAUACCCGGAAAUCCAGUGUGACGGCUAUGGAUCUGGAUACACCGAUUCUGGCGCCUAGUUACACACUCGAGGAACGUGUCCUACAUACAUUAGACGAAAAUGGUAUGGAUCUGGACAGCCUGGAAUCUUACGUACGCGACGACGUUGAGCGGCUAGGCUCUAAACUCGGCGUCAUGCACGAGCGGAUGAAAUCUCACCUUGCAGAUCUAUUCCGUCCCGCCCUUGGCGAACACGCAGGUGCAGAUGGUGUCGGCGCCUUCAACGACGGUUCCGAGCAAUUCGUCGGCGGCGACUUCGCCGAAGACCUCGGCGAAGACUUCUUCGGCUUCCGCGAGCUUGGCCUCGCCGACGAAUUCGGCCUGGAAAGCCUCAGCGUGCCCCUCCAUCUACUCCAAAACCGCAUGCAUCUUGCGUACCAAGCCCAACACAACCUCGGCGCCGCUGGAGCCGCUGGUGCGAACGGCGGCCUCAUCUUCCCUGUCCCGGAACCCUACGCCCCACUCACCAAGGACCGCAUCGACGGCGAAAUCGGCUUGGUAAGGGAUUUCUUCCGCGCUCGUCUGGCGCGCAUGUCAAGUACAUCUGCGGCAGCAGCAGCAGCGGCAGCAGCCGCCGCCGCAGCCGCCGCGAACAACACCACCCCACCCGCCCCGGCGCUCAUCGAAGACGAAGACCUCCCCAUGAAACAACGCUUCCCCAAACCGCGCCUCCCUCCCACCGGCAAAAUUUCUUCCCCAAGAAAACGCCCGCUACGCGAACAGCAGCAGGCGGCGAAGAAGAAGCGCAAAUUGGAGGAAGAAGGGAAACUGCUCCUUAAUGGCGGAGGCGCGGGUCGGAAUGUCGAUGUCACGAAAACGGUCGGUCCCUUGAAAUUGGUCCCUUCCAACAAGAAUUCCGCGGAUAAGGAGAGGGACAAGGAGAAGGAGGGCAGAUCCCUGCAGACCGAUACCUCUCUGGGGAAUCGCGUCAAGAAGGAUGGUAUCCCGAGCGCGGACGGCGAAGAUGGGAAUGGAAAUUCGGGAUUGGAGAAGGACGAUGGUGGCGCUGGAGGAGGGAUGAUGAGUCCGGAGAGUAUCUCUGGGUGAGAGGGUCUUUCUAUUUUGUUUUCAUGCACAGAGAAUGAGAGGGAGAGAGAGAAGGUUGGGAAUCGGAGCUCGGGGUUUUGGAUGGGAUCGCUUAAUUCUUCUUUUUUUGCUCGAGGAGAGGUCGGCGGCAGAUUUCCCGCGACGCGUUCCCCCCCUUUUUGUCAUCUCUCGUGUGGUUCUUCUACUUCUUCUAUGUCUAUAUUGAUUGCUUCGCUUGCUUUUUUCUUCGCUCUUUGGAUGGCAGUGGGCUUUCGGUCCCCUUUUGUCUCGUUUCUCUGAUUUUCCGACGGAGAAGGAUAGUUUGCGUUCUUGUCAUACUUGUGUUAUUUCACAUCGUGAUCUGGUCGGGACAUUUGUGCAGUAGUCUCGGGCAUCAAUUCUUUCCUAUAUAUCAUUGCCUCCCGCAUAUUAAUUAUUGUUUGUCUGGUGUGGAGUCGAGAGAGGCAGCAAGACCUGGAUGUCAGGGAAUUAAUCUGAACA